AUGACAACUUCCAAAGUGAUCUCGCAGGAUUCUUCAAAGAUAUCCAAAAUUCGACCUUUCCUUUAUUUGAGUGGUUUGGCACCACUUACGCCAACAUCUCUGAAACCAUUCACUUGUAUCAUCAAUUGUGUGGCAGGUCUUCGACAGAUUGUGCCAUCGCAUCUUUCUGUACUUCAUAUUCCGAUCGAAGAUGACGAAGAAACAGAUUUAAGUCCAUACUGGCAUGCUGUAUUUCGUAAAAUUGAUAAUCAAAAAAGAAAUGGCGGUAAGGUGCUCAUUUUUUGUGGCAUGGGCAUAUCCAGAUCAGCAACUUUUGUUAUUGCAUACUUAAUGUGUCUGGAGAAGAUGACCUUACGAGAUGCCUAUAAGGAAGUACAGAAUAUACGAAACAUUAUUUGUCCAAAUGUUGGUUUCUUCAAACAAAUGAUCGAAUUAGAGGAAAAGCUUUACAAUCAAACUACAGUGAAGAUUAUCACUCCAAUGAAUGGUGUCGAAGUGCCGGAUGUUGUAUGGAAAGAAUUAUACGACGAGAUGAUAGAUGAUAUUAAUAAGAACGGAGGCUCUUGA